CCUGCACAUAACAGCGAGAACAGCCGCUAACCGCACGUAGUCAGAGAGAGCCAAAAGCAAAGCAACCGAACCAUUGCUCAUUAGCCAAAGCUGACUCGGGCGCGCGGCAUAAUUUUUUAAUUUGCGUGUUCUUUUACAGGCGCUGUCAUCAAACGGUUUUCUCACGCACGGAGGUGUAGGGACUUGAGAGACUGAUCCACAAGACAGCUGCAGCCGUGGCAUUGCGUGGAAAAGUUGCGUCUCGGCCUUCAGUGCGACGCGCCUGUAAAAUGUCCCAGCCAGCGCCAACGUUUGCUUCGUACCUCGCGAGGACUCCUCCUGUGCUGAACUCACAGGGGACCACCACAGGCUUUCAGUUCGCAAGCACAGUGCAGGCAGAUCCAAAAGCACCUUUCAAGUUCAACGCACCACCUACAGAAGCCACCCCAAAGCCGAAGCCACCUGCACCGCAACUGAUUAACUUGGAGAAGUACCUGGACAGCACGGUGUUCUCAGACGUGGAGUUCGUGGUGCAGUCUGAGCGGUACUUGCUUACAAGGACCAUCCGAGCGCACAAGCAGUUCCUGGCUAUGCGAAAUGAUGUCUUUGGCACCAUGUUCUUUGGUAGUCUGCCCGAAAAGGACAGGGUCUGCAUCACUGACCUGCACCCAAGUGGAUUCUACGGAUUGCUCAAAUACCUCUACUCUGGCACUUGCGAGCCUGAUCCUUCGAAGAGGCAAUCCACAUUCGUGAAGCUGCUGACAAGACCUCGUGCCCGAACUUGUGGCAGUGUGUUCCAAGUGCUCAAGACGAUGCCCUUUCGGUGCUCAAUUCACGAAUCGUUCAUCGACUCGCUCGACAGCACGGUGGAGUCCAUUCUGAAAGUCAUAAGUGGUGUGCCCGAGAGUUGCAUCUUCCUGGCCAUCCGAAAGUGGGCGGAAGAGAAGUGCCGAAAGUCUCUGUCGUCGGGUGAGACCUCGCUGGAGCUACCAGCAGUCAUUAGGCCUUUUCUUCCCAAGCUGCGAUUCCUAGCCCUGACUCCGCAGGAGUACGUGAAGGGUCCCGGUUCGUGGAACGUGCUCGAGGACCAAGAAGAUUUUGCCAUUCUCAGGAACAUCAUUGUUCGCGGUUCAGUGCCAUUGCCUUCAUGGGUCUGCACCGACGACACAGCUCGUGGACUGCUGCUUUUUAAAGCUAAUCCAUUCGAAACGAUUGAUGCACUGACGACUGUAGCGAGGAAGAAAAGCCCAGCUGCUGAAGGCAAUGAAAAACCAAAAUAAUGUCUCCUGCUUUAACCACACAGCAAAGCUAUUUUUUUAGACAGAACAGUUCCAGUGGGAUACAAGACAUAUAAUAAAUAAUUGUUUGAUAAACUGCU